GUGUGGAGGUGAUGGGUGCUUUCUUUCCUCCCGCCCAUUAAAACCUGUGAAUGGUGAUGUUCCUGUUCGCUGCUGUCACGGACCGAGUUCUCCUCAGUGUCUAACAGUGUCCGGAGUUAGUUCACUCUUCAAUCUGUCAGGUUGGAUCGGUUUAGUUGCUGGUUUCUGUCUCAGCUUCAGCCGCUGGAGUUUAAAACGAGCUCCGCGGAUGUGAGGACGUGUUUGAGAACAGACCUCAUUCCUCCUCUUCCUCCGCUGAUCUACACUGCAGUGCCAUGAAGCACACACACAGGUGGUGCCAGACCCCUCCAUCAGUGACCGUCCGGGUCAAACCCAACAGCGCUCACGCUAUCCAAAUCAGAAGAGGCCUUCGGUUGAAAAGAGGCAAUGGCCAAGACGUCCAGGGCGCCUCAGGGAAGUGCACGCCGAGCCAGCAGCAGGAUGAGGCCCGUAACGCCAUAAUGACCUUCACCCCAACCAUUGUCAUCCAGCGUCAGGAAAUGGUGUCAUACUUCAGACUUUUUGAUGAUGACCUCAUACAAGACUUCCUGUGGACCGACUGCUGCCGCAAACUGACAGACAAGUACCUUCUAGCCAUGACCUUCGUGUACUUCAAAAGGGCCCGCUUCACUAUUGCCGAGUACACCAGAAAGAAUUUUUUCAUCGCACUGUAUCUUGCCAACACCAUGGAGGAGGACGAGGAAGAGAGCAAGUACGAUAUUUUUCCAUGGGCGCUGGGCAAGAACUGGAGGAAGCAGUUUCCCCGCUUCCUCAAGCAGCGAGACAAGCUGUGGGUUCGCAUCGAGUACAGAGCGGCUGUCAGCAGGCGCUGCUGUGAAGAGGUGAUGGCCAUUGUGCCAGCUAACUUUGUGUGGCAGCGGGAGAGAUCAGAGCACCACAGCGGAGCCCAGCGACAGUACAUUGACAGAGACCACAUCCGUAUCCCCCGUGGGCCCUCCGCCUCCCCAGUCACCUGUGUCCUCUGUCAGCACAGCACCAGGUUAGACCAGGACCUGGGCUCCCCCCGUCCCAACAGAGGUUCUUCUGCACAGAGCCACAACACCGCCUAUCCAAACCCAUUCACGGCCUCGCUGACUUUGGAGACCACCCCGCUCAGGGCUGCAGCCUCUGGAAGGAAGGCAGCAGAGACUAAAAGCCACAUCCAGUCUUCCUGCUGCUGUGCUGAGGGGGUUCCUAGGGAUGAGUUUUCCUGUGGAUCUACCUUCGACACCUCUAUGGACUGGAUCAGUGAGGAGUAGAGCGUCACCACCUUUGCAGUUUUACUACGUCCCUCUUUAUACAGACAAAGCAGUUGUGUGAAUUACCUCCACUCAUCUUAAGCAAAGGCCAGAAUCACAAGUGUAACUUAUGAGUUUGUGUUCACCUCUUCUGCAAACACGGUGCUGAGUUCAUCACAACUGCUCAGAACAAAGUUGACAGUUCAAGUAAUGGUAAGAAUGAGCCAGUGUAAUUCCUCUCAUCAUAUUCUGAUGGAAACCUGUCGUCAGAUUAAUGUCAUAUGCCAAAGAGUAUUAUUGUAAAGUUUUGUUUAACCUGCACUGAGUUCCUGC